AUGGGUAAAGGAUUAUUUAAACGUAAAAUGAUUAAAACGAAUGUAAUUUCCCUGAUUCCUGAAAACCAUCAUUUUGAUCAAAAUUAUGAAACCAAUAAUGAUUUGUCCUUAACGAGUAAUGAAUUAUCAUUGACAGAACAAGAUCAAAACUAUUUAAAUGAGCGUAUCAGUGAUGAUAUGAAAACCCAUGUGAUGAUGAAUCACUUAAAAUAUCUUAGAGAAUUACAUGCUGCUGCAGAAAGAUGUUACAUCAAGAAAAACGCUUUCAAAUGUAUCGAAAUAAUUACUUACUGUCCAUACUUAAUCAAUACUAGACAUGGAAUUGAUGGCAAAACGGCUUUCCACAGAGUUUGUAGUCAUAGACAUGUUUAUUUAAUGUCUUUUAUGCUAUCUAAAGGUGCUGAUCCGUGGUUGAAAACCAGUUCUAAUGAAACAGCUCUUUGUAUAAUUAUUCAUGCAUCUUUAAAAAAUCCAAAUGAAUCGUCAUCAACAAAAGUUUGUCUAGAGUUAUUACAAAAGUAUGGAUGUUAUAUAGAUUUCACAAAUGAUUGGUAUCAAGAAUAUUUGAAAGCCGCAAUGAUUACUAACAAUACAACAUUGGUUAAAUGGAUGUUUAAUAAGGCUCCAACAUAUUCAAACCUUACACGAUGUACUUCACUACCUCUAACUAUGUUGAAAUCUCAAUAACGUCAAAUUGCCGUUAAUUAAUAUUUUAAUUUAUACUAAUUUAUUGUAAUAUUUAAAUUCAGUAUUG